CUAAUCUCGGUCAUUACAUCACUGUUACUACAUUGUUUAAAUAAUUACCAACGUGACUGAGAGGAUCAGCACCUCUAUCUCAGCAUCAUUUCUCAGCAGAUCUUUUUAUUUCAUUUUUCAUUUCAUUCUGAUGCUUCUGAGGUCUCGGUCAUCUACAGAAAAUUCUAUUCCCACGAAUCUCGUGUUUACAAAUAAACCCGAGACAUAAUAAUGAUAAUACAAACCGUUGGAUGUGGACAUUGGAUGGCGGUAUUGGCAGCACUGUACAUUCGAACGCACCGUAGUACGAAAUGUUCUGAAAUAGUUUACAUUUACCUUGAAUAUCACUCCGGGAAUAUUAAUCUAGGGCCGUUUUCAUAAUCGUGAGUAAUUACAUAUGUUCUCAGGACGGGAAAUUGAUCAUUAUUGCCGAGUAAAAUAGGGAAAAAACGUUGUUGUUUGGAAUUUGAGGAUUAAGAUGAAGUGGGUGUCGAGACAAAUUGCUCUUCCACUUGCGAUUGGAAUCUCGUUGACUGGCGUUUGUGUUGGAGUGUUGUACUUGUUGUACAAACAGGACGACGAGGAUCAGAAAAGGAUACGAUCACGUCCCAGGAAGCUCCUCCGAACGGUAGAACUGAAAGUGCCGAAGUCAUCAGUCCCCGUGAUAAUAGGUCGUGGUGGAAGCACAGUGAAGGACAUCCAGAGCAAGACCUCCACGAAAAUUCACUUCAGUGAUGAUGGGCUACUCGAAGCCGAGCGAAUCUGCUACAUCCGAGGGACCAUAGAGGAGACUAGGCUCGCAGAGCAGCUGAUCCAGACUAUCAUUGAUAAUCAACCUGUGAUCGAGGUGUACGAAAUGCUCGUACCCCACAAAUUCUGCACCGGUCUACUUAUUAAUAGGAGAGUGGAAGUUAUCCAGUCUAGCAGCAAUGCUAAAAUUAUUAUGGAGAAAGCAUACUCUCGUGAUCGAAACGCCAACAGGCGAGUGAUUAUAAAAGGAACUGCCGAACAAAUUGCAACAGCUCUGACUGAAAUCCAAGAUGAACUUGAAAAUUUCCAGGACAUGGAGGAGAAAAUCAAGCUGGGACAAUAUUUACGAACUCCAAGGGGAAAAAUAUCUCCCAGAAAUACUGCCACUGCUGCUGAAACCAAUGAUAGUGUAGGGGUCCCUGAAGAUUCUUCUGAACUUCAUGAAGGGUUGAAAGAAGUUUACGUAAGUGCUACAGAAUCUCCAAGUGAAUUCUGGGUGCAAGUGGUGGGACCUGGUACGCUGGCACUCGAUGAUCUAGUCAAAUCUAUGACUGAGUAUUACAAGGAGGAGGAGAGUCGAGAGCUUCAUACUCUCAUUCACAUUUCCGAGGGUGAAACAGUAGCUGCUAAAUUUGCCUUCGAUAACUGCUGGUACCGUGCGGAGAUCACAUCAUUCAUGGGAAAUGGCCAGUACGAGGUAUUCUUCCUCGACUAUGGUGAUCGCACUGUGAUAAAUUGCCUUGAUAUCCUGGAGCUUCGAACAGACUUCCUGAGCCUUCGUUUCCAGGCCAUUGAAUUCUCACUGGCCAAUGUCAAACCCAGAGAUAACGAUUGGAGUCAGGAGGCGCGUGACAGAUUUGAUGAACUGGUGCAUUCCACACAAUGGAAAGUGUUAAUUGCCAAAGUACGUGGGUUCAAAGAACGCACUUCAGGACGGGGUACGUCAAGAAGAGAAGGAUCGCCGAUUCCUUGCGUCGAUUUAUUCGACAGAAAUGAUGGUUUGGAUCUGAACGUUGGAAGGCAACUGGUGCUUGAGAAUCUGGCAGUACCCAUUGAAGACAUUUGGUCACGUGCCAGUUCGACACUGUCGCUAUCCAAACCAAGUCAGGACAGUCCAACGAGGCCCACGACAAUGAGAUCUCCUCUUCCCGAGAGGGCCCCCAAUGCAUCAAACGUAAUUUUAUCUGAAAAAUUGCAGUCACGUGUAAUUGAAGAAAUCGAUCUGACGACUCCAAAGAAGCUGAAUCUCAAUGUUGAGGAGGUGGACCUCGUGACACCCAGCAAGGACAUCUCGGAAAAGCUCAUCAGUUCUGAGGGCCAGUCGCAGCCUUACAGCAACGGGGAGCAACACUUGAGUGGUGAAAGAUUUCACGGAAAUGGGAAUUCUCAGUGGAAUCCGAAGAAAGCACCAAUCCCUGCAGGCUACGAGGAUGACGAUUCUGGGGACGACGACAGCCUUGAGAUGUUCUAGAUGAAAUUCCAUGGUUGAUUCACAUAUUGAAGACCUCACUGACAUUCAAUCACCUCGCUCUUCGCCGGCCGAGAGCAAAAACUAUUGAAAGUUUAUUUGGGUAGUUGAAAGUUUAUAGAUUGAAGUUUCUUCCUCUUCUAGCUUUAUCGAGGAUAACGAGUGCCUUGUAUCGGGAAAUAUCGAGACUAGUUUUGUAGCGAGUUAUUUAUGAAGUUGUCGCUCGCGUGAUAAAAACGAAGUCAAUGUUUUUCAUUUUCAUUUCAUAAAUGCGUCAAACUUUGUCCUCAGUUCGAACAGUUGCGCAACAAAAUUAUUUUUGGUUGUCGUGUAUGACUUUUUUUUUCGUUCUCCUUUAACAGGAAAUUUUUUCAUCUUAUGUUUGGAUUGACAGUUUGAAUGAUAAUACAUUUUUUU